UUUUAACGUGUAUUGUAAUAAUAAAAAAAAAAAUCAACAAAAAUUCCUGUAGUAACAGCAAAGGAACCAGAUUAAAACACUUUUGGAGGCAGCCAAAAAAUAAGAUGGACGAAGGAUGUUGAGAUUGAUAGUUGCUGGUGCAUUUAAAGUCCAUUAACAACAUUACGCACAUACAUACAAGACGAGAUAACAACAAACAAUAGCUUAAAAAAACAAUAGAAGACACAGAUAUUUGCCCACAUGUUGCUACCACGACAAGAAGAAGAAAAAUGCUUAGCGAUGCUCAACAAGCAUCUAGAACAACAGCAGCAGCAGCAGCAACAGCAGCAAUUGGCCCACCGGAAACUUAUGUCAUAACAACAAUCAAUAAACAGCAACAAUACCAACAACAACAACAGCAAAAUAUUUUUGUUGUUGCAGCCAACAAAAUGGUAAUACCAGCAACAGCAGCAACAAUUGCCGGUACACCAACAGCAACGAUAACAACAACAGCAACAACAUCAACAACAAUAUCAACAACAACAACAACGGAGCCAACGCAACAUCAGCAACAUGUGUUAUUUCAGCCACAAUUACAAACAACAACCACACCUCAGCAACAUCAACAAGCCACACCACCUCAACCACGUCAGCAUCCCAAGAAAAGAAAAUUUGAUCCAGCUGAGCUGGACAAAGCCGAACAACAACAACAACAACAACAGCAGCAGCAACAUCAUCAGCAGCAGCAGCAGUUGUCGUUACAAAAAUGUUCCGAGAGUAAUGGUAACAGUGAAAUCAAUGGCAAUGUUGCUGCCGUGCAGCAACAACAACAACAUCAACAACUGCAACUACAACGCAUGAUUGUAAGUCCUUCUGCAGUUCUUAUUGGCGGUGCAGGCACCGGCAAUGAUAAUAAAAAUCAACAGCAGCAGCAACAGCAACAACAACAGCAACAACAACAACAACAUCGUGUUAUAAUUGCUUCGCCGCAGCAACAUGCCUCCAGUACUUACAAACAACACAGCAGCAGCAAUAGCAGCAGCAGCAACAGCAGUACUAGCAGCAGCAGCAACAACAAUCACCAUCAACAACGCACACAUACACCAACAUCAACUGUUUACUAUCAACAACCACAGCAGCAGCAGCAACCGCAGCAACGUUUUAGCUUUAACAACUCAAACAAUCAGCAACAUCUACAGGAACAGCAACAACAACUGCAUCCACAUCAACAACAACAGCAGCAACAGCCGCCGCCGCCGCAGUCUCUUGAUCUCAGCGAUUGGGUGAAUACACGCGUCCUAGCCAAAAUUCACCAACAUUAUGCUCCUGGCAUUAUACGACAAUUGUCAGAGGGCACGCCCCCACAUUCAAUACUCGUUGAAUUCGAUGCCAUUGAGUAUGGCCAGCAACUAUAUCAGGAUAUAUUGCUGCCACAAGGACGAUGUCAUGUGAUACUCGAUGCCAGUCCGCCAAUGGCAGAUAUCACCCUAGAGGCUCGUGUUUGUGUGCGUCAUCAGGAGGUUCGCAGUCCAGGUGGAUUUGUCUAUGCCGAAGGAAUCAUAACCGAUAUCAAUCAAUCCCUUAAACAAUAUACGGUGCAAUUGAUUGGUAAUGAUGAAUUGGCAACCACAAAGCUAGUGCGUCGUGCAGAUUUGCGACUUUUGCAGCCACCAUGGUGGGAUGAACUUAAUGAACUGACACCAACUGCUGCCACGCCAACAUCAUCAACAUCAUCGUCGUCGUCGUCGUCGUCGUCGUCAUCGUCUAUGGCAACUCCUUUGAGUGGUGUUGGGGCCAAACGUAAAAAUGAAUCGGCAGCUGGUGUGCCCUUGUCAAGUGGCAACAUUGUAUAUCCAAAGUCAUUGACUGGAGCGCCUUUAGCAUUUGUGGCCACGCGUUAUGAUGGCAAGUUGCCCAUAAUUACGCAAAAACAAGAAGAGUAUUAUAGAACGACGGCCACAUCACCGUUCCAGAGUGGCAACGGAGGUGUAGUACCACCUCCACCACCCUUGGCAUUAACUGCCCAUGUUGAACAGCAGCAGCAGCAACAGCAGCAGAAUGGUUUGCCAGAUAUAGUGAUCUCGCCGGGUAGCAGCCAACAGCAGCACCUUAAAAUCCAACAACAGCAACAACAGUCACGUGGCUAUGACGAUUACGACUCCGAUGAUGAGCUGAAACGAGUCGGCAUUGGCUAUUCUCCAGCCGCCGGCGAUAUGGAUAAUGAAAAAAUGAGCGCCUGCAGCAAAAGGAGUAGCAUGCAGAGUCGCGGCAGCACAUCAAGCUUAAUUGACCAGAGGCUCACACCACGAUCUCAUCCAGCAACUCCAAGAUCUCAAGCCACAACACCGCAUCGUUUUAAAAAGGGCGACAUCGUUGAAUCGGAGUCCGGCGUGCGUAAGAAAUACAAUGGAAAGCAAUGGCGACGUCUCUGCAUGCUAUGCAUGAAGGAAUCUCAGCGACGUGGCUAUUGUUCAAGGCAUUUGAAUCAGAAGGGCAAUGUCUUGCCAUCAUCCACAGGGCCGAGUCGAUUGCUAAGUGAUAGCCGUUCAAGCAGCAAGACACAAAUUGAUGAGGAUACGUCACGUGAUUCGGAAACCUCGCCCAACUACAGAGUUAAGGGUCGCUAUGAUCAGGAAGAGACCGAUGCGGCUGUGAUGCUAGUAUCCUUGAGCAGUUCACGCUCGGCCACGCCAUCGUAUACAUCACCUGUGAACCAUACCGGCGCCUCGCCAUCGAAUGCCAUUGCCCACUCACCGGUGAAUGUGUCCUCGAAUCAUAGGCAAAAUUUCUUUACACCGAUUGCCAAUCAAGCGCAACAGCAUCAGCAACAAAAUGUGGCAGCAGCAGCGACAACGGCAGCAUCAGGAGGCCCACCACCAGCAGCGCCACUGCCUUUGGAUGGAAAAUGGAAAACAACACCUAGUCCUGUGUUGUACAACACCAACAACAAUAACAGCAACAUUAAUAACAAUAAUAAUAAUUGGGAAAACGGUGGAUGUGUUACAACAACAACAGCAUCAAUUGCAGGAUCAGCAGCAGUGGCAACAAUAACUCAAACUCAAUCUCAGCCAUUGCCACCACAAACGACACCCGUUUCCCUGGUGAUGCAUGCUCCACAUGCACCGCAGCAACAACAACAACAACAACCACCUGCCGCUCAUUUAAGUACUAAUCUGCCAGCGCCAGCAGCACCCACCAGCGUCAUACGCAUCUCUAGCAGUCAACAUCUCCAGCAACACCAUCAACAGCAACAACAACAUCAGCAUCUUAUUCAUCAUCAUCAACAGCAGCAGCAGCAGCAGCAACAACAGCAGCCGCCACAGCAGCAACAUGUUGUUGUCUCCUCAGCACCAAACCAUCAGACAUUUCAUCCCGUCAUUGUAGAUGCCACACAGUUGACUGUGACACCAUUGCCACUGACUGGGGGAUUCCAUCAACAACAACAGCAACAGCAGCCGCAGGCAACUUCUACAUUUCAUCAGCCCAGCACACCCACUGUUCUGGCUGGACAGGAUAAGUUGUUGACAAAAAAUGGUUACAACGAUAGCUAUGCCUGGUAUAAACUAUUGCCGCAAAUGCCGCCCAUGACCAAGGCGCCAGUUAAAUGCUCGACUGCACCAAUAAUGACCACUACGGCAAACAACUAUAGUGUUAUGCUGCAACAGCAGCAGCAGCAACAACUAUCGCCACCUCAACAGGCGCCACUGCCACCAACAUCUGUAGCCGUCUCUCACCAGCAGCAACAGCAGCAGCAGCAGCAUGUCUCGCUCAAUCAAAACAACAAUCAUUUGAUUGUGCCAGCGCCAAUGUCCUCACCGGGCAAGCCACUCAAUUGUUCCAUGAAUGAUGCCAAGGUAGCUGCCGAGGCUGCCGCUGCCGCCGCCGCUGCGAAUGCUGUUGCUUCAGUCCAGAUGGAUGAUCACGAUGAUCAGCUGGAUGAUGAUGUCUUCGAGAUGACAUCGACUACAGCAACUGUAACGACAAAUGGCCAUAAGAAAUCCAAUUAUACCAAUAGUAAAAUACGGAAAUUAGAAGAUUGUCAUGAUCCCAACGACGUGGCAGGAGGAGGAGCGCCGACCACUUCGGCGGCUAAGCGUAGAAGUCAAUCGAUGAGUGCGCUCCAACAGCAACAACAACAACAACAGCAACAACAACAGCCCGGCAGUGCUGCGGCAGUUUCUCCUGCUGUGGCAGGAAAGAAAAUUCGACGACCGAUGAAUGCGUUUAUGAUAUUUUCGAAAAAGCAUCGCAAAAUGGUCCAUAAGAAGCAUCCGAAUCAAGAUAAUCGUACAGUUAGCAAAAUCCUGGGUGAAUGGUGGUAUGCACUAAAGCCAGAACAGAAGGCGCAAUACCAUGAGUUGGCCAGUUCGGUGAAGGAUGCCCAUUUCAAAUUGCAUCCCGAGUGGAAAUGGUGCUCCAAGGAUCGUCGCAAGUCUUCAACAUCCGGUGCAGGUGCUGCUGGUGGUGGCAAGAAUCCAAACGCCGCAGGAGCUGCAUCAGUCGAUGCCAAGCAGCGUCUGGUGUCGAUGGAUGGCUCUGAUGGCUCCCUAGAACAUGAUAUGUGCCCACCUAGCACACCAGGCGGUAAUGGAAGUUGUAGUGCUCAAGCACAGAAUGCCAACGAUACGCAAGGUGACAUUAUUCCACUGACCAUUGCCAAAUAUAAUACCGCAUGCGAUGAGAUGACACCAAACACUAAAAAUGAACUACAAUCAGAUGAGGAUGAACAAAUGCUUGUCGUUGAAGUAGAGUCCAAGAAAUUAGAUUUACAGUGUCGCGAACGAGUCAAUGACUCUGAUAUGGAUGAUGUGCCAUAUGACUAUCGAACACAACAACAACAACAACAGCUGAAGGAGACGGAACAGCGUCAUUUAGCUGAGCAAGAUCACCUCUCAAAUGGGCCCAAUGCAGCCACCAGCAAUUCAACAGAGCGGGAAAUUACACUUAAACCAAAGGCUAUCAAAGCCCAUCCGGUGCUGGAGAGCACUAUGCUGUCAUUUACACAGAAUGUGUGCAAACAAUACACUAGUCCCAAAAAUCCAAUUGGUGUAACACCAUUCCAACCCACAGGCGGCGCUUUCAAGUCCAUGGGUAGCCCUAAAAGCAAAUCCGAGCAUGAGCAACAGCAGCACCAGCAGCAACAACAACAACAACAACAGCCACAUAUCAAACAGGAGUACAUUAAACAGGAACCACCAUCGCCCUAUAAAAUAAAUGGCAGUGGUAGCAAUUGUUUAUCCAGUGGUGCGACAUCACAACGGAAUAGUGCCAGCGGUGUGGGAGCCAUUUUUAAUUUCAAUGUGCCAACUGCUACGGCUCUUAGCCAAAAGCAAUUUCAUUAUCCCAUGCAUCAUCCACUGCCAAGCCCGACGGAUGUGAGAGCCCAUCAGGCAUGCGUACCAUCGUCACCAGCAGCAAUGGGUCUAGGCCAUGCGGCAAGCAUAGCAACGCCACCGGCUUCGGCACCAGCUCAAAUAAUGGGCGGUGGAAAACCAGCUCCGAUAUUCUUUGCCAUGAGUAAUCCUUACGCCCUGCUGCCUCGACCACAAGGUAUUGAGAUUGAGCAAUAUGGCACAGCCAGUUAUAUAUUCAAAAAUCAUUCAUUGCCGCCACCUGUGAGUGCCCAGCCGACAAUGCUGCUGCAUGGCUAUACACAGUCAAAUCAACACAGCGCAGAGUUACCAGCCAGUUCGCCAUCGUCAUAUAAAUCUAUGCCAUCCACACCAAAAUCGGCGACAUAUCAUAUGGUUGAACGUAAUAUGGACUCAUCAUCUAGCACGGGAGGAGCAGCAGCUGGCGAUGAGACCGGCGAAAUGGAUUCCGAUGAUCAAUUUGUGUUGGCGCCAACGCCAGCUCAAUUGGGCAAAGCGCCACUGCAACGUCGCAAGAAUUUGUCACAAAGUAAAUCCGAUAAUAAUGUCUCUUACGGUUCAAACAAUGGCCAACACAUUAGUCGUAAGUUGCAUUCACCCACUAUGAUGGAUAACACAACGGCUACAUCAGCGGCUAGCUCUUCGCCAGUUAUUGGCCAUGUGAAUAGUACUAGUUUGAAUUCGGCCUUGCCGACGCCCACCUCUUCGACAACCACACCAAAUAGUGACGAGCAAUUGCCUCUAACACCGACAACGACAACCACAACAACAACAACAACAGGUGCCAUAACCUUGACUGCUUGUGGUACUACCAAUGGCAGCAGUAUUCAACCCAAAUCACCUCUCAAAGCUGUAAUGCCAACAGCAGGUCAUAAGAAAAAGAACGAUGAGAUGAACAAUAGUGUGCUCAAGCAGGUUGAUUUCGAGAAGAAAUACAAGGCUUUGCCACAAUUUCAACCGGAGGAUUGUCAAUCGCCCAGUGCCAUAGCAGUGCCUUCAUCGCCAAGGGUCUAUGGUACGAAUUAUCGGAAGAAGAAUACAGCUCCGCCGCCAGUGCAGAAGCUAAUAAGUGAAGAUGAUUCCAUAGAUGAGCCUGCAACAUCGGCACCGCCCACAACGUCGCAACGUUUCUUUGGUCCAGAUUUUAACAACGAGCUAAAAGAACUAGAGACCACAGAUCAGACAGGUCGCUCACCCAGAACGCCAAAGACACCGCUACAAAGUGCUCGCUCGGAUGCCAGCGAGAAGGGCCAUCGCAAAGUUUUAGAAACGCGUCGCAAUUUGGUGUUGCAACUAUUUGCCGUUCAUGGCAAUUUUCCCACUACUCAGGCCACUGUUGCGUUUCAGGCCAAACACAAAGAUGUCUUUCCACGCAAACAGGAUCUCCAGCUAAAGAUAAGAGAAGUGCGGCAAAAGCUACUGGGUCAGGCAUCCUGUACACCACACUCGGCUGGUCCAAAUACGCCAUCGGAUGCGAGUGCAUCAUCAUUGGCCAUGUUGAGUAUUGGUAGUGGUGCCAGCCAAACAACUAACAAUGCAAAUAAUCAUGCAGAUGUUCUUCAAUAUUACUAAACAGGUAUGCAGGCCGAGCAACAGCAACAACAACAACAACAUCAUCAGCAAUAUCUUAGCAAUAAACCAAACGAAAAUCCAGCCAAGUACAAGUAAAAAGAAUGGGCCAACUGGAUAAGGA